AAUCUGCAAUUGUCAUGUGCUCCGAAAUCUGAAUGUAUAUGACAUUGUUCCAUAAGAACCAAUGGAACCAUGUAUUAAUUUUUUUUUUUGGAAGAGAUAUAUAAAGUACAUAAAUAGGAAUUUACUCACUGGAGAUUAGACAUAUAGCCUGCAUUACUGUACCUGUUUAUCUUCUGAAAAUAUAUUGAUUUAUACCAUUACCAUGCUGUGGCUUGGUAGUCUUGUCUCACCAUUUGCCUUUGAUUACCAUAUUCAGUAAUCUCAAGAGAGAUAAGGGAGGGGUUUACAAAGAAAGAUGAUACCCAAUAUCUUGAAAAAGAUAAAUGCCAGGUAUUUUGUCCUUCAACUACAAUGACUGGUCAAGUAAACUUGAUCCCAUGUGAUCAGCGAUAUAUUUUGAGACAUCAUGGGUUGCAAUAAUUCAUGGCCUGCUAUGCAUGCUGUGAUCACAACAAACUGAUACCAACUGGUCAAGGACUUGGGUCUUUGAUAUCCAUCCCCUGUGCGACCCUUUCUGUACAUGUUAGUGUUUUUAAAACAGUCGGCAUGUACACACACACACACCAUGAAUUCCUUUUAGUUCUUUUUGCCAUCUAGAUACAUAUUCGAAAGAGGACCUUUCACUUCAGACCUGAUGUGUUCUGUAUGCCGAGUGUUCAUUCUUCUAGCUGGGUGCAGUAGCAUACCGUAAGGUUGAGAAAGUCACAACAAGAAACUGUGAUUAGGAAGCGAUAAAACUGUCACAUAAAAACCUCAAAAUAUCUGUUGUGGUACUUGGUUAUUUUGGGGUAAUAUUAACUGGUGGACUGCUAUACUGCCCCAUAUAUGACCAAGUGUUUAAUCUGACAGUGAUUUGCAGGGAUAAAAUGGUGCAUGUCCAAAUUUUGUUUUGCUUUUUAACUCUGUAGCAAAAUUAGAAUAUUACGUGGUUGAGCAUAGCUGUAUUGGAUAUUAUAGUUGAAUGCAUUUUGUGUUCAUGCUUUUAAUAUCAAUUCCAUAGACAACAUAAUUCCGCAAAUCAGCGUAAAUUCAAAGCAUGGAUGUAACUAUAAUAUUUGUCAGAGGUUGGUGAUACAAUGGCUGCGUGAAUGUAUCACAAUGCCCUAAGAUCACAAAUGUGCCAAGGUUGUGUCCAUUUUUGGAUUUUGUGACUAAUAAAAUAUGGAUCUGUGUAGCUUUCUUUGUAAUGCGAGGUCAGGACACAUUCAUAUAUUGUUUUCUAGGUGUGCUAGUUGUGUGCCGUUAUUGGCAACACACAAUAAAAUGUAGUUUUUUAAUUAUUUUUUUUUUUUAGAUGAUUUUGUUGGACAAAGGUACAAUAAUGCAGGCUGUAUAGAGGGAUUUACACACUAUUUUAGUCACUUGUUAACCUGUGGGUAGAAUACUGAACUGGUUAUAAUGGCACUUGAAAAAAAAUUUAAUUUGAAAACAAACACAAGCCAUAAUAUUUGCAUUGUUUAGCAUGAACUUAAAACUGCUUUACAUAUCAGUUUUUCUAAUGUCAGUAUAUGAAAAUGCUCAGUGAAUGUGACUAAUUUAAUGCAAUUUCUUAGGUUACAUAGGGGGAAAUAUUGACCUGAUUCCUGACGAAUAUGGAUUUAUAAACUAUUGAAAGUAAGCGGUUUAUGUUGGGGCCCUUAGGAAGAAAAGAAAUACUAUUAUUUCUUAAAUGAUAUUGCCACUUCGGGUUGCUUCUGUUUAAUAUGCAAAAUCCAAGUACGACGGUUUUCUUUUCCAUGUGAAAAUCCGACACUUAAAGGAAAUAUGUUUAAAAAUGAAAUUGAUUAUGCUGUUGGUUCAUCCCAAUCUUUAUCCAUCAUUUUACCCUAUAUCAUCUUUAUUUUCACACACCUGGCAGGGCAACAUUUUUAAAUAGUGCAGGGGAUCCAAUGGACCUCAGUAGCCGUAAAGGCCUGAUUCCCUGAUGCUCAUAUUAUCCACUUCUAGUUCCUUAGUUAAAUAAUAUCACCCCCCCUCCCCACCACCACCAUGCACACCUACUUAUUGGCCAGCAAUUCUCCAGUAAUCAAUCUUUGCAACAGCUCUCAUAGUGGCUGCUUUUCAAAUCUCCACAUGUAGGACAUACGUGAACAACAUAUUUUCUAUGUGUUUGGCCAUGAACACCUGUAAUGAAGAGAUUAGGGACAAUGAGGCACUUUAAUAGAAUUUGCUUUCCUCAUACUUGGAAGGUAUGGAGCAGGACAGGAAGGGUGUACCGGUGAUAAUACACACCACUGGGGCCUCCUGCGUGGUGUUAUCUUACCCACUCCAGACUGCUUUUGAAGCAUUCUUAUGGGCUUAAUGUCCUAAAUUAACUUGAUCCUCUCACUCUGUGCUUGCUGGGGAUUUAAGUUUCUGGUGUCCCCAGAACAGGGGCAAUAGAGACCUAACCCAGGAUGUUUUGGAAAUGGGACUUGAAAACUGGGAUUGUCCCAAGAGAUCCAUACUUUCUGUACAUUCUGUUCCUAUUCUAAGUGUAGGAUAAACUGCAUUCUGUUUAAAAGUGUGGUGGGGCAGAGGAGGGAGCUAUAAUAGUUUGUAAAUUAAAACAUUAAUUUUCCUUACAUCUGGUUUUACAAAGUGAUCCAGCAGCACAAUUCAAUUAAACGGCUCUUCGGUGCUGGAGCCUUAUGAAGCAGAACCAUUAUUAAAGGUUUUUUUUUUUGUUUUGUUUCUUUCAUUAUUCACUAGAAUGGCUUUCCUGUUUUUCAUGUAUAAAUCAUAAGUAUUGUAUAGUUAUUUUUAUAUUCUGAUCUUAGUAAACUAGCCUGUCCUAAUUCUUUUAAUAAAUAUUUCAUAUAUUUCA